AGCGGCAGCAGACGCGUCUGGCUCUGCCUCUCUGUGCCGAGCGCUGGCGAUCGGAGUCACCCGGCCUUGUUCUGAGGCUGGGCACCAAGCUCCUGUCGCUGUCAGCUCUGAGAGUGUUCCCAGAGUCAAACCCAGAUCCUUCUGCCAGGCAGAAGCACGGGUUUGAAGAUGGACUUUAGUGGAAAAGGAAAAACCUCUGAAGGAAAAGGCCUGACUGGCUACCCUCUCACCAAGAGGUUUUCUCUGGCAAAUCCCUCUAUGCUCCUUCCCUCCAAGCCAUUGCCUCCCAUCCAGAAGAGCUCUCCUUCUACCACACCAAGUCAGACACGCAGUGGAGAGCAGGAGAAUGGGAAAAAUGGCAGUGGCUGUGACGAGCACCGGGCAAAAAUACAGGAGCUGAGCUCAGAGAAAAAAGGCCAUAAGGCUGCCUUGCUGCAUUCCAUUGGUGGGGAUAUGAAGAAGGAAUCACUGGGACUGCCUUUGGUCCCCCCAAUAUGCAGGGCAGGAAGUCCCCCUGUGGGCAGUGCUGCGGGGUCCCUGCCAAGCUCUCCCCAGCUGGAUUCCCAGGAGUCCCGGGAGAUGAGGCCAAGACCCAGCAGCAGAAGCAAAGAGAACAGCUCUGAAGAUGCAGGCAAGAAUAGGUUCAAUUCUUCCAAGUCUUUCCGGCCAUGUCCCUCUUCACUGCUUCCCUCCAAGCCAUUGCCUCCCAUCCGGAAGAGCUCUCCUUCUCCUAACACAAAUGAAAUGUACAGGAUGGAGAAAGAGAGCAAGAAAAAUGGCACUGGCUGUGAUGAUGGGAGUAGAAAAAACCAGGAGCUGAGUUCAGAAGGAAAAAGUUAUAAGAUCUGA